AUGUACACCACUGACGAUUUUGAGAAAGCCCAGAAGUUUUUCCAAGGACUUAGAAAAGAAGUUAAACAAGUUCUUUAUGCAUGGAACAUUCGCACAUUUGAGGAUGCAGUUGAGAAGGCCAUUAUCGUUAGGAGGAACAUGAUGGCUCAAGGGGAACUGAAACUCUGCGGUGAUUCGAAAAGGGAAGUAGAGAGCAAAGACAAAUCAACAAACCCUCCAACAGUCCAAUUCAAGAAGUCGGAUGGAGCAAAAUUUAAAAGGGAAAGGUAUUGCAAAAAGUGCCAAAAAAGACAUGCCGGCACUAAGUGUGGGAUCAAAAGCAAAGGAGUAGGUUGCUUUGUUUGUGGUGAAACUGGACAUUUUACGAGAGACUGCCCUUCGAAGAAAACAUUGAAGAUUGAGGAAGCGCCCCAAAAGGAGGUGACAUGCUAUGCUUGUAAACAGCGGGGACACUAUUCAUGGAACUGCCCCCAACGAGGCAAAUCUGACCAAAGGAAGAAGCCAGAAGGAAAAUUGGGUCCACAACCAGCUUGA